AUGUCUAUUCAAUCUGCCGACACCGUUGUGUUCGACUUGGAUAAGGCCUUCCAAAGAAGAGAUGAGUUUGUUAAAAGAAAUCCGAAUGCUACUAUAGAUUUAUUUGAAUUCUCCAAGAGCAAUUCUGCUCAGAUAUCUAACUUGGAAGGUUUGACGCAGUUCAUACUAGCUAGAAAAUAUGAAGCUAGCGCAUACGUAUACAUUUAUGAGGAGCUAUUUCCAGAAGUUGUCUCAAGAUGGAUUGUUUCUUUACAGCACUGUACAGAUGAUGAAGCAAUUGAAAUUCUUUCCCAACUUGCCAGAAUUAUCACCAUCUUCCCUAUGAGUACUAAUCUUAUCGAUAACUGCAUGUCAGAAUUUGCUGAUAACUUCACUAAAUUAUUAGACUCACCUGCAAUAAACAUGGAAAAGAAAUCUGAAAUAUUACUUGCAUACUAUCGUAUCCUAUAUGAGAAUCAGCAGAUCUUCAAUAAAUAUAUUAAGAUGGAAAUCCUCUACAAAAUACUAGCUACUCAAGAAAGUUCAAUGGAAAUGAAAUUCCUGGCUGUGAGAGUUUUAUGCACUCUUUUGAACACUAACGAAAAGCAUAUACUAGAAACAACUGACCUGUAUAUUGGUAAUUGUAACAAUAUUCCAGGGUACUAUGAAGGUUUGAGUAAUGUGAAUUAUAAAUUUAUGGAAUUGAAUGAAGCCCAUAGAUUCUCUGAAUUCUUCAGUCUACCAAAAAUCGGUGAUGAGAGUAAUCCCACUUCAUCGAACAUAAUAACAUUCGGUACUGAUUGCUUUACAGACCAUAUAGUAUCAAUUUGUGGUAUAUUGACCCCAAGAAUAGUCACUACUAAAGAUACCAGAGAUUACGAUUUCGACUAUGUUCCGACCAAACAGACUGUUGCUGUACUAAAAAAACUGGCAAAGCUUAUCCAGAAAAAUGAACCUAUGAUGCUUGUCGGUAAGGCUGGUACUGGUAAAACCUUUUUAAUCAAUGAAUUAAGCAAAUAUAUGAAAACACAUGACUCUGUUGUUAAAAUCCACUUAGGUGAACAAACAGAUGCUAAACUUCUGAUUGGUACAUAUACCUCUGGUGAAAAACCAGGCACAUUUACAUGGAAAUCAGGUGUACUUGCAACUGCUGUCAAAGAAGGUAGAUGGGUUUUGAUAGAAGAUAUUGAUAAGGCUCCUACAGAAGUUUUAUCUGUAAUUCUCUCACUACUGGAGAAAAGGGAACUGACAAUACCGUCUCGUGGUGAAACAUUGAAAGCAGCAAAAGGGUUUCAGUUAAUUGCGACAGUACAAACCAGCGAAAGAAACUCAACAAAGGAUUCUGAGCCAGUAAUCAACAUGAUCGGUAAAAGUGCUUGGAAUAUUGUUUCUCUAGAAGAACCUUCUGACAAGGACCUCGAAGAGAUCUUGUCGAAGAAAUUUUCUCUGCUAACUAGAUUAAUUCCUCAACUUAUUGAAACUUAUCACAACAUACAUUCAAUUUACCAAGACCCUAAAUUUAUUUCCCUGAAUAAAGGCAGCCAUUCAAGAGGUAUUUCCAUAAGAGAUUUAACAAAACUGUGCCACAGAUUGACGUCUAUAUUUACUGCGAAUAACAUCAAAGAUUCUGAUCAUCUGAUAGAGACAAGUGUAUUUGACGAUAUUUUUGCAGAAACAGCAGAUUGCUUCACUGCAGCUGUAGGAGAAUAUCGUGCCUUAGAACCUCUUUAUCAUGGAAUUGGUAGAACGUUAGAAAUACCAGAAUCCAGAAUAUUGGUUUAUCUCAAUAGUCGUGUCCCUAGCUUUGAAAACCAGGAUAAUUUCAUCAAAAUCGGGCGCUCUAAACUUGAGAAGAACUCUUUAAAUAUGCAAAAGAAAUCUGUGAAUAGUACUAAUUUUGCUACCACAAAUCAUUCUUUAAGACUUAUGGAACAAAUUGCCAUGUCAAUACAAAUGAAUGAACCGCUACUUCUUGUUGGUGAGACAGGUACUGGUAAGACAACUGUUGUACAGCAGGUAUCGAAACUUUUACACAAGACUUUAAAUGUUAUUAAUGUAUCACAACAAACUGAAUCUGGUGAUUUAUUGGGUGGUUACAAACCUGUUAACUCUAAAUCAAUUGCCAUUCCUAUACAAGAGGAAUUUGAAAUACUUUUUGCAUCCACAUUCUCCAUGAAGAAAAAUGAAAGGUUUUAUAAAAUGCUUCAUAAAUUCUUCAACCGUGGUAAUUGGAAGAAUGUAGUAAAGCUUUGGAACGAAGCAUUUAAAAUGGCAUCUACCAUUCUUCAAUCACAUAAGGAUGAAGAAAAUCGUGAUUCUCAGAAGAAAAGACGCAAGCUCAAUAGUAAUGAAAAAUCUCAACUCUUCAAGAAAUGGCAAUUAUUCAAAGAUGAUGUAGAAAAGUUCGAGGUUCAAUCUUCAAGCUUGGAGAAUUCGUUUGUCUUUAAUUUUGUUGAAGGUGCACUUGUAAAAGCUAUUAAAAAUGGUGAAUGGCUGCUACUUGAUGAAAUUAACUUAGCAUCUGCCGACACAUUAGAAAGUAUAUCCGAUUUGCUAGCAGAUCCAGAAUCUAGAAGCAUUUUAUUAGCUGACAAGGGUGAUAUGCUUCCAAUCAAAGCACAUCCUGACUUCAGAUUAUUUGGCUGUAUGAAUCCUGCCACUGAUGUAGGUAAAAAAGAGCUUCCGUCUGGUAUUCGUUCUAGGUUUACCGAGAUUUAUGUUCAUUCUCCAGAUAGGGACAUUAGUGAUUUACUUGCAAUUAUUGAUAAGUAUAUCGGAAAAUACAGUGUCAGUGAUGAAUGGGUUGGUAAUGACAUCGCAGAACUCUAUCUUGAAACUAAAAAGCUUUCAGAGAACAAUGUCAUCGUCGAUGGAUCAAAUCAGAGACCACACUUCAGUAUAAGAACUCUUACCAGAACAUUAUUAUAUGUUUGUGACAUUGUCCAUGUAUAUGGACUAAGACGGGCCUUAUAUGAUGGUUUUUGUAUGAGUUUCUUGACCUUAUUGGACCAGAAAUCAGAAGAUAUUUUACGUCCUUUAAUUUCGAAGUACACCAUUGGCAGACUCAAAAACAUAAAAUCUGUCUUAUCUCAAAUUCCGCAAUCACCUGGGGAGAACUAUAUUCAAUUUAAGCAUUAUUGGAUGAAGAAGGGACCUGGUGAGUUAAAACCUCAAGCACAUUAUAUUAUCACUCCUUUUGUUGAAAAAAAUAUGAUGAACCUUGUCAGGGCUACUUUGGGAAGCAGAUUUCCAGUGUUAAUUCAAGGUCCUACAUCAGCAGGUAAAACAAGUAUGAUCAAGUAUUUAGCUGAUAUCACGGGCCAUACUUUUGUCCGUAUCAACAAUCAUGAACAUACAGACUUACAAGAAUACUUAGGUACGUAUGUUACGGAUGAUACAGGAAAACUGUCCUUCAAAGAAGGUAUCUUAGUAGAAGCUUUGAGAAAAGGUUAUUGGAUUGUACUAGAUGAAUUGAAUUUGGCUCCAACAGACGUUUUAGAGGCAUUGAACAGACUUUUAGACGACAAUAGGGAAUUAUUUAUUCCUGAAACACAAGAAGUUGUCCAUCCUCACCCUGAUUUCAUGUUAUUUGCUACUCAGAAUCCACCUGGCCUAUAUGGUGGUCGUAAAUUUUUAUCCAGAGCCUUUAGAAACCGUUUCCUGGAAUUGCAUUUUGAUGACAUCCCUCAAGAUGAAUUAGAAAUAAUUUUAAGAGAACGUUGCCAAAUAGCACCUACAUAUGCUAAAAAAAUCGUUGAAGUCUACAGACAACUGGCUAUUGAACGCUCUGCCAAUAGAUUAUUUGAACAGAAGAAUAGCUUUGCCACGUUGAGAGAUUUAUUUAGAUGGGCAAUGCGAGACGCAGUUGGAUAUGAAGAACUCGCUGCUAAUGGUUACAUGCUUCUUGCCGAGAGAUGCAGAUCAAACACCGAGAAACUAUUAGUGAAAAAGGUACUAGAACGUGUAAUGAAAGUUAAAUUGAACAUGAAUAAGUAUUAUAUGAAUCUCGAAGACACCGACAUCCUAAAGGAUAAUUCUAUUGUGUGGACGAAUGCAUUAAGAAAGCUUGUUGUGUUAGUAUCGUCAGCUAUGAAGAACAAAGAACCUAUAUUACUAGUUGGUGAAACAGGUUGUGGUAAAACUACGGUUUUUCAACUAUUAUCUAAAUAUUUGAGAAACAACUUAAUCAUUUUGAAUGCUCAUCAGAAUACCGAAACUGGUGAUAUUCUUGGUGCACAGAGACCUGUGCGUAAUAGAUCAGGACUACAAGAGGAAUUCAAAAAUCUUGUAUUACCGAUAUUGAAUAUUAAUAAUGACGAGCCAAACUCUUAUACAGUCGAUGAUCUGAUAAGAAGCUACAAUAAGCUAGAUAAAAGCGAAGUUGAUCAUCAAUUACAAACUAAGAUAGAAAAUAGUAUUAAAAAUAUGAAUAUACUAUUUGAAUGGAAAGAUGGUCCACUUGUCCAAGCCAUGAAAAGUGGCAAUUUUUUCCUACUUGAUGAAAUUUCACUUGCGGAUGACUCAGUGCUAGAAAGGUUAAACAGUGUUCUAGAACCAGAAAGAAGUCUGCUUUUAGCUGAGAAAGGUUCAUCUGAUGCCCUAGUAACUGCCUCUGAAAGGUUUCAAUUUUUUGCAACAAUGAACCCAGGUGGUGAUUAUGGUAAGAAAGAACUGUCUCCAGCUUUACGGAAUCGUUUUACUGAGAUAUGGGUUCCAUCCAUGGAUAACUUGGCAGACAUUACCAUGAUUGUUGAAGAUAGAUUGCAAAUAAAGAAGCAGGAAUUUGCAAACAUAAUAUGUAAAUUCACCGAAUGGUUUGGCAAAAAGUUCGGUGGAGGUGAUGCCUCAAGUGGUGUUGUAUCUUUGAGAGAUAUUUUAUCAUGGGUAGAAUUCAUUAAUGAAUCAUAUGAUUCUAUUAAUAAUCACUACGCAGUUCUUGUUCACGGUGCAUCUAUGGUUUUCAUAGACGCACUUGGAACAAAUAACACUGCGCAUUUUGCCGAAGAUGAGAGGCUCCUAAAAAAACUAAAGUUUGAAUGUAUCGAGUAUUUGUCAAACAUUACCAAUGAGGAUCUGACUUCUUAUAUUGGCCAGAAAGUUGAGGUUACAGUGAGGGAUAAUAAAGUAUGUGCAGGACUGUUCUCAAUUCCAAUCAAGGAUGCUACCAAAAACUCUGUUACCUUCAACUUUAGUGCCCCUACUACCACAGUCAACACUAUGAAAGUUAUACGUGCCAUGCAAGUACAUAAACCAAUUUUGCUUGAAGGUAGUCCAGGUGUUGGUAAAACCAGUUUAAUAACUGCUUUAGCUAAUGCCACGGGGAACAAUCUAACUCGUAUAAACUUGUCAGAACAAACAGAUUUAGUGGAUUUGUUUGGUUCAGAUGCUCCAGGAGAGAAUAGUGGUGAAUUUAUAUGGAAGGACGCGCCAUUUUUAAGAGCCAUGCAAUUAGGUGAAUGGGUGUUACUUGAUGAGAUGAAUUUAGCAUCUCAGUCAGUUUUAGAAGGUUUGAACGCCUGCUUAGAUCAUCGUGGUAUGGCUUACAUUCCAGAACUUGAUAGGUCUUUUUCGUGCCAUCCUAAUUUCAUGGUAUUUGCUGCUCAAAACCCACAAUAUCAAGGUGGUGGUAGAAAAGGUUUACCAAAGUCAUUUGUUAACCGUUUCAGUGUUGUUUAUGUUGAUAUGCUGGACUAUCACGAUUUGUUGAAGAUUGCAAACCAUCUAUAUCCUGAAAUAAAAGAGGACAUCGUUGAGAAGAUGAUUAGGUUUAUUUCUUUGAUGGAGGAUGAAUUAGUACAUAAGAAGUCAUUCGGUGCUUUUGGUUCACCAUGGGAAUUCAACCUAAGAGAUACCUUAAGGUGGUUAAAACUGCUCCGCUCUUCAGAAAUAAGUGAUGAUCCUUUAAAUUAUGUUGACACCAUUGUCACCCAAAGAUUUAGAGCUGAUGCCGAUAAAACAUACGUAAACCAACUGAUAAAAUCAAUCUUUGGCAAAAUACCAACACGGGAUAAGUUUUAUUGUGUGCUUCCAGAAACAUUACAAGUUAAUAGUGAAAUUAUAGAGAGAUGUUCAUCAUACCAUCAUCCAUCCUUGAAAAAGAUUGUACCAUUACAAUGUAAUUUUGAUGCCUACGAAUCAUUAAUAAGGUGUAUUAAGUACAACUGGCCUGCCAUUAUAGUUGGUCCAAGCAAGUCCGGAAAAACGGAACUUAUUAACUUUAUUGCUGAUGUUGUUGGUCAAAAGGUGGAUGUCUUUUCAAUGAAUAGUGAUGUAGACAGUAUGGAUAUACUAGGUGGUUAUGAACAAGUGGAUCUUAACAGAAAACUAUCUCAAAUAAGGACAGACAUUUUGUCCAUUUUAGCUGAUUUUAUUCAACAAGAAAUUACAAAAGAGAUACAAGACUUCCAACAACUAAUGAAGAUGAUUAGGCUGUACGAGUCUAUUAAUGAGAGAACUGUUCUAAAUGAGAUAUCAUUUCAACAGGAGGUGCUGUCAGUUGUACAUUUGCUUGAUCACAAUGAAAAAUACAACAAUUUACUAUUACAAGCAUCCAAGAUAACUAAUUUAAUCGGAAAAGACAUGCCUGUUAAGUUUGAAUGGUUUGAUGGUAUGCUAAUCCAAGCUAUCGAGAAAGGACAUUGGCUAAUAUUAGAUAACGCUAACUUGUGCUCCCCUUCCGUUUUAGAUAGGUUGAACUCAUUAUUGGAAACUGAGAGCACACUGCUAAUCAAUGAAUGCAGUAACGAAGAUGGGUCUACGAGAGUAUUGAAACCGCAUCCUAAUUUCAGGUUGUUUUUGACUGUUGACCCUCAUUAUGGCGAGCUGUCCAGAGCUAUGAGAAAUAGAGGUGUUGAGAUAUACCUUGAAGCUUUACCUGAUAGAACAACAACCUUUGACAAGAACUUGAUAUAUGAAAGCAUGGAUGGUAGUAUGCCAUUACAAAAGUUUAUGCCAGUACACUUGUCUCAACUGAACUCAUUUGCAGAAAUACAAUACUUGCUAUCAAAUUCAUCUAAUAUCUCAAGUAAUAUUCUUGCCUCGAGAAUCACUCCUUUUUGCCGCAAAACACUUGCUUCAUGGUACGAAAAUCUGGCGGUAACAAGUAACACCACAAAUUUGCUACAAUCAAACCACUUGGUUCAAUUUAUUAAAUUGAUAGAAACCAAUUCCUUGAUCAUCGAAGAUAGCCAGCAAUCAUCCUUAAUAAAUCCUUUGAUUAAUGUUUACCUUCUCCCACAGAUCAGAAAAUCUUAUAUCAAAACAAGUGAUGAAGAAGUGAUGUUUUUAUUUGUUGCUCAUAGAUUACUGAACAAAUUAAUCACUGAAUUGAAUCAUAUUUCAAACGCUUCAACAUCAUUGAAAAUGGAAGACAUGAACUAUCUUGAACUAUCUGCUGCAAUAUACAAUGGAAGGUAUCUAAAGAAUAGACCUAAUGUCCCAAUCUUUGAGAUUUUGAUGCAGAUUCAAAAUUACCUCAUUUCAUCAUUUGGUGGUAAUGGCUAUGAGAAACAACAAAAUUUUUAUAAGUGCCACGUCGAACUAUUGCUCGUCUUACUAAGUUUAAUCGAAACCUGUGGCAAAAAAGAUGAAGCAAGAUUGAGAGUGUAUAAAACCGAAGUUCAAAAAUGGAUUUCAAAUGCCACAGUGGAAGGAUUUGCUAUUGAUUCCAUACUGUUGGCUAUGGAUAAUUUCGAAGACAGCUUAAAACUGAAGAGAGGUAAGGGAAUGUCGGCCUUAUGGAUUAAAUUCCGGGACAGUUAUCCAAGGACUUCCGUUGGAUGGUCACUAUGGAUUGUUGCUGAAGAAUUAUCGUUUAAGUUUGACAAGAUUGCUAAAUUGCAGUUCUCGAACAAUUUGGAGAUUAUCUCCAAUCUAAAGCAAACUUUCUUUAUUGUCUUCGAUGAAAUUUGUCGAGACAACUUAGACAUAGCAGAAGAUCUAAUAUCUAAAUUAAAAACUGGUAUUGAUGAGUUAGAAGUGAUCUCUAAAUCAUUCUUAGUUCAGAAAAGAAAUUACUUCGAAAAUGAAUUUGAUGAUAUUAUCGUAUACACAGCUGCAUUACAAGCAAACAAACCGUCAACUUUCUUUAAUAUACUAGCAUUGUCGUCAUUUUCUACAUUAAAUGGCUAUAAAUUAACACGAGAGAGCACUUCCUAUCCUAAAUUCUUGUCAUUGUUGUGGUCCUUUGAUGAUAACAAUUUGAUAUCAAAAUCAGGAACUCUAUUAACUGGAAAAUUUGCUGAAACUACACUAUCGAAGGCGAACAAUCUACAUGAAAUAAUAGGAUCUCAAGUUGAUGAGACUAUUCAUGAUGUAAAGGCUUUGCUAUCGGCUUUAUUAUCCACAUCAUAUCAAAUUACGAGUCAUUCUUUAGAGCAAACAUUCAAGACUUUGGUAGACUGGAUUGUAGCAAUAAUAGAGGCUUUUACGGGAUCAAAUGUGAUAUAUAGAAGCUAUAACGAGUUGCUCUCCGAAUUACGUGGUCUUGAAGCUCCUGUUCUAGAGCCUUUACAAAAUCCGUACUUUUUAGGGCAGAUGGAAGCGUUCAUUGAGAGUAAAUGUUCUUUUGCACUGGCUUCCUGUUGGAUUUAUUUUGGUAUAACAUUAAUCGAAUUAUUUUGUCCAGACACUGCCUUUGAUCCUGCCAUUGAGAAUUAUGUUCAAUAUGAUUUAUUCCGAUCGCAUAGGGACUUUUUACAAGCGGAAAAGUCAGGAUGGGCUAAGUUUAGAAUGGUUACUUCGGGUGUCACUCCAAUAUAUAAUGAACUACUAGCUCAAUCUAUCGAAGAACCGUCUGCGCCUGAAAAACCUCUAGUUUACAGGACCAAUGAAGCUGUGGAUGAUCUGUUCGAUGAAUGGAAUGCUUUCUUAUUAUCUUCACUUUCACAGGAUCAUAUAAAUGAUUUGGUACAGGCAGGUAAAUUAAAGCACUCUAUUUCAUCUCGUUUGGAUAGUCUUCAAGUGAACUCUUCAAAAUUUGUUGAAAGAGUAAAAUCUGGUUUCAAAAUGUUUUCUGAUCUAAAUGAUAUUUUUGCUGGCUACAUAUUUGCAAUUAAGUUUGGUUUUGAUAUUAUGAAACAAAAGUUGUUGAAUGAUAACCUUCACCAAGGGACCACAAGGUUGUGGGCAGUAAACCCACUACUAACUGUAAGUGAAUACUCUGUGAAGCAGCAUUUCAAGAAUAUGUUUGUAAUGCUGCAAAGGGCCUCUGCUAAUAAUUAUGACGCAGAUAGAACUUUAUUACAUUUUGUGAGAUUAUUCAGGUACUUUAAACAAUCUGAUGAACUGCUAGAUAUAUUCCAUGAAUCUCUGCAUACAUUAUAUGCGAGAUGGUCAAUGAGAAAAAUGCAAUCAGAGAAAAAACAAGAAGAACAGGCCAAAACUUUUAAGUACACUGAUGAAUCUGAUGAUUUUGAAAGAGAAUUCCGAGAAAUGUUCCCUGACUAUGAUGAUGAAUUAAAUUUAUCGGAAGAUAUUAAGUCACAAGACGAGGAAACUGUUGACUUAUAUCAUCAGCUGACCAUUGAGUACAUGAACUUAUUCAGUUCCGAUGAACAACUAUCGCUAAACGAUGUGAUUACGGAAGGUACAAAGAUUAGUUCAUUGGAUAAUAGUUUAUCUGCACAAUUAACCUCAGGAAUAGUUACCCCUGAAACGCUACUAUCAGUAGCGAACAUUUUAGCACAAAAAAUUAAUGGAUUCGAUAAAACCGAGAACAAAUCCUUCAGCAUAUUUAAGGACUUUUCCAUACCAGAAAGCAAGAAAGCCGCUAGAUCCAUUUUAACUCUUCUUGGGAAGGUCAAUGAACUUCUUAACCAAUGGCCUGAGAAUGCGACAUUGCAAGAUUUAUUUAGAACCUGCCAUGAAUUUCUUUCCUUCACAUUGGACACUACCAUUGCCAGACAAUUACAGAAGCUUGAACAGAUCUACACUAUCUUAACAGAGUGGGAGAAAUAUGCUUCCUCAACUGUAUCGCUCAACGACUAUAUCACUGAGAUUGUAAACACAUUGGUGAGCUGGAGAAGAAUGGAACUUAGAAGUUGGUCGGAACUGCUGUUGAAUGAGGAUAAACAGGCACAGAGAAGUAUUAGUAAAUGGUGGUUUUACCUUUAUGAAACUAUCAUAUUACCUACAGAAUCAAAUAUGGAUGGAGAAAAUGAAAAACAAUAUAAACUACUUCAAGCAUUGAAUGUAUUUUUUAGUGAAAGUACAAUUGGAGAAUACGAUCACAGAAUAAAUCUAGUUAUUUCAUUUAAAGAACAUUUGUUGAAUUCUUUCCCUAAUAAAGAACAGACCAUAAAUGCUCUGACAAACAUCAUUCUGUAUUACAAGCAAUUUCAAGAAAAGGUGCAGGAUGUGAUUAAAACUACACGAAAAACAUUGGAUAAGGAUAUGAAAGAUAUAAUUCUUCUUGCUAGCUGGAAGGAUGUCAAUAUAGAUGCUCUGAAACAAAGUUCCAAAAAAUCCCAUAAUAACCUUUAUAAAAUUGUCAGGAAGUACAGAAAUGUCAUAUCUGGUAAAGUCACUGACCUAAUUACGGGGGGUUUACAAUUUAGCAAACCGAAAUCUUUAGGCCCUCGUAACUUGAACAACCUAAAUUUGGAGACUUUAUGUGUUGACCUUUCAUCAGUUACUGAUGUUGACGAACCUUUGAAAUUACAUAAGAAUUUCAGAAACAUUGAUACCAUUGUCCAUAAUAUGAAGCACUUCACCAAUAUUGUAAAACAAUGGGACGCUCCGGACUUUACACAAUUAUCAGAAGAAUAUCUCAGCGAAGCUGACAGGCUCCGCAAGGAAACACCUUCUCAAUAUAAGAAAGAAAUAAAAAAACAUUUGGCUGCAUUGAAAGUUCAAAAAAGAAAACUAUUAAGUGAUGGUAUAAAAGAACUUAGAAGAAUUGGUCUGAAGUCAAGUUACCGUAUUGAUAUUCAAAAAGUACAAUCUUCAUCAACUUUAAUACUGGCCAAUGCACCAGCUCUAGUGCAGUUAUCUGAUAGUACACGAGACGAAUGGUUCUAUAAGCUAAUUGACCUUCUACCUAGACUAAGGAGUGCAAUUUCUGAGCCAAAUGAAGAAGUUCCUAUUACCUCCUUAGAAAAGGGUAUGGCUAUUACUGAAAAUUUAGUGUUCUCACUUAUUGUCACAAGGACACCAAUUUUAGAAUUACAAGAAAACUCGAAGGUCAUAGAGCAGAAACUCUUGUACAUAAGAAAAUUUAUGAAUUCUAACUUUGCUUUGAAGUUCAACACUCAACACAAGUGCAUUAAAAAUAUGUCAUCUGAUGUGUCUGCCAUAUUAAAUUUAGUAAAUUACAGUUUGGAAACACUUUCAUCUGUUAGCCAAUACAACAACAAAGAUAAUGACAACAUCAACUCCUGUUAUCAGUUCCUAAAGACAUCGAAAGAGAAGUUUAUGAGUUUGGAGAACAUGAUCUCAAAUGCUCUCAACUAUGACAUUUCUUUCAGCGAUGUCAGGAACGAAUUUAGCAGUCUGAUAUUAAGUAGUAGAACUGAGGUUCAAAAGAUAUCAACACCAAACAAUAGCAUGUUUAUUCAACCUGUCCACGACUACCUCUUGAAUGUUGGAAGUAUAGAACUAAAUGAUGAGCUGACAAGAAAUGAUGAGUCUCACUUCGAGGCAAUAACGUCAUUAGCAUCAAAGUUGUCAGAUGCCGUAUUGGUCAGAUUUCAGAAAGUAAUGUCAAACAACUUUGAUAAUUUAUCAGAAUCUGAUGACAAAUGGCUGCAAUUGCUAUCAAAGAAACUGUUAUCAUCAUUAAAAGACAUGAAUUCGAAGAAUAUUUCCAAAUUAGUCUCAGAACUAUACGAAAUGAUAAUUUCUUGUGAUUACAGCAAAGGUGAAUCAAUUAAAUUACGCAAAAUACUUAAGUUUGUUUUACCUUUUAUUUGUGGGUAUGUUGGUCUUUCCGAAAACCUACUGGAAAAGACUUGGAGCUUUUACUAUCAACUAUCUUCCGGUACAUAUGUAUUUGGUACUAUAUUGUACAACUUAGCCAAGGAUGGAUUUUGUUCACCACCUCCGCCAUCUGAAGAAACUUAUGAUGAAAACUUGCAUGAAGGUACUGGUUUAGGUGAUGGUGAGGGUGCUGAGAACAAGAGUAAUGAUAUAGAUCAGGAUGAAGAUUUGACAGAAGAUGCACAAACUUCAAAUCAAGAUCAAAAGGAUAAAGAUGAUAGAGAAGAUGAUGACGAAGAUAAUGCAGUUGAUAUGGAAGGUGAUAUGGCUGGUGAAUUAGAAGAUAUUUCCGAUCAAGAUAACUCCGAUGACUCUGACAAUGAAAGUGAUGAAGAAGAACUGGAUGAGGAAAUCAAUGAUAUCGACGAUGACGAUGCUAAUGCGGUUGACGAUAAAAUGUGGGACGAGAAAGUUGAUGAUAAUCUCAAAGAGAAGGAAACUGAUAAUCAGAUUGAGAAUCAGAAUAAUGAAUCUGAAGAUGUCCAGGCAGCCGAAAAUGAACAACAAGAAAACGGUGAUGAAGGUUCAAACAAAGAGCCUGAUAGUAAAGAAGAAAAUAACGAAGAUCAGCAAAAUGAUAGUGAAAACCAAAAUGGGGAUGAACAAGAACAAGAUCUUGACAAUGAGGAAUCUGGAGAGGAAGACGUAGGCCAGCAAGAAGAUGAAGUUGUUAAUGAUGAGAAAGAAGAACAAAUGUUCGAUGCCCCCGAAAUCGAAACUAUGGAAUUACCAGAAGAUAUGCAACUCGAUUCAGAAGAGGAAUCCAAAUCUGAUAAUGAAGAAGAGGAGGAUGACAUGAAGGAUUCUGGUUUUGAAUCUAAUGCAGAAGAAAUGGAAGUUGAAGAAGAUAUCCUUGACGAGAAGCAAAACAAAGAUGAUAUGGAAGUAGACAAUCUAGAGGAGGAAAACAUUGAAGAGGAGAAUAAUUUAUCCGAUGCAAACGAAGAAAAUGAUAAUCAAGAAGGUGAAAACAACGAUGAAGACAAUAAUGAUGUAGACAUGCAAGAUGAAGAGCAGACACUUCAAGAAGAACCACAAACGGAAAACGGGGAAACUGGAACCAAUAUUGAUGAUGAAGGUGCUGAAGGUAUUGAAAACUAUUUAGACAACAAUGAUGAAACCUCAGAAGCUAAUGCGGAACAAAACGCCGGUGCUAAAGGUGCAGGAGCUGACACUAAAGAUGACGAAGAUCAAGAAAAUAUAGGUGAUUCCGGUAUGACAAAUCUGGAACACCAAGAACAGGAAAAAGACUCUGAAAACCAUAACGAUUCUUCCCGUGAAAAAGCUAAUGAGGUUUUGAAAGAACUUGGUGACUCGUUAAAGGAAUACCAUAACCGCAGACAAGAGAUUAAUAAUCCUUCAAAUGAUGAAAACAAGGAGAAUGAAAACAAGGCAAAUCAACGACCUGAUGAAUUUGAACAUCUUGAUGGUGCUAAUACCGAAACUGAUACACAAGCUCUUGGAGGUGCAAAUCAAGAAGAAGCGAAUAAAAUAGAUGACGAUCUUGCGAUCAAUGAUGACCUUGAUGAAGAGGAGAAAAUAGAUUCUGAUAUAGACACUGAUGAUGCAGCAAACUUGGAGUCACAUAAUGAAAUUAAAGAAGAAUUGGAAGAAGAUCUCAAUACUGAUAUACAGAAGGAUACUGACUCUAAGAGCCAAGGUGCAUUUGCCAGCACCAUGAAAGAUCUUUCCAUUGAAGAUAAAGAAAUUUAUGAAAAUGAUGGACUUUUCAAAAGAGAGGAUUACGAAAACGAGUUGGAUCAAUUAAUGGAUGAAAUCGAUAAAGAAACUAAUCUGAAAGCCGAGAUUGAUAAACCACAACGUGACCUUACUGAAUCUAGAGAAUUAUGGAGAAAGAGUGAGAUUGAGACGGUAGAACUUUCUGCCAGACUGGGUGAACAAUUACGUUUAAUCUUGGAGCCAACUUUGGCCACUAAAUUAAGAGGUGACUAUAAAACAGGUAAACGUUUGAAUAUGAAGCGUAUUAUACCAUACAUAGCAUCUCAGUACAGGAAAGACAAAAUUUGGCUAAGACGCACCAAACCAAGCAAGAGGCAAUACCAAAUCAUGUUAGCGCUCGAUAAUUCUAAAUCUAUGAGUGAAUCCAAAUCUGCGCAAUUGGCAUUCAAUAGUUUAUGCUUAGUGUCAAAGACACUGUCGCAACUGGAAUCUGGAGGAUUGUCUAUUGUCAGAUUUGGUGAAUACACAAAAGAAGUUCAUUCAUUUGAUCAAAACUUCUCGAAUGAUUCAGGAAGUAAAGUUUUCCAAUGGUUCAAUUUCCAAGAGGACAAAACAGAUGUCAAAAGACUUGUCGGUGAAUCUAUAAAGAUAUUUGAACGUGCUAGGGCCUACUCAGACAAUGAUCAAUGGCAAUUAGAAAUCGUGAUAUCAGAUGGUUUAUGCGAAGAUCAUGAUACAGUUGAGAGACUGGUACGCCGCGCAAGAGAUAAGAAAAUCAUGCUUGUUUUUGUGAUUAUCGACAACCUAGGCCAAUCCAACGAAUCUAUCAUGGACAUGAGCCAAGUUAAGUACGUUCCGGACAGUUCAGGUAACCUACAGUUGAAGAUCACUAAAUAUCUAGAUACCUUCCCGUUCGAAUUCUAUGUUGUGGUCCAUGAUAUUGUUGAACUGCCUGAAAUGUUGGCAUUAAUUUUGCGCCAAUACUUUUCAGACCUGGCAUCUCAAUAG